UGACUACAAUAAAAGAGUGGAUUCACUGCAGGCUAUACUAUCUGGAACAUCUAAUUUUCGCCAUUCUUUUGUUGCCAUGUAUUGCAUUUCUUCUGCGACCACCUAUAGAAAGCAUCUUUGCUUUAAUGCUUUCCUUGUCUUACUUGAGAAUGUGCUACUCCCUCUUAUCCCUCUUUUCAUUUUCUUUUCAGGCCAAAAAUAAAAAGAAAAAACUCCUUCCUCAAUUCGCUCAUCGAUCUCUAACUCACUAUGGACCCGCAUUUUCCGAUCAAUAUUGCGCAAUUGUACCAUUCCGAAGAGCGUCAACUUUUCUCUCGCAUGGUUUUCACACUUGGAGUGGACCCCUCGCAUUCGAUGAAGAUCAUCGCCUUCUGGUUAUGGCUGGAAGAAAACGGUCAUUCUGACAUCCUUCGCCGCAUAAACUCCUUCUCCGAUGACAUGGUGCUUACGGUUGCUUCUGUCGGACAAAGAUUUGUAGAAGCCCUCUAUCAUGAUGAGCCUCUGCCAAACCCUAACGAUCUCUCUUUCGAACCAACACCGACGAGCGUUUGUUUUCGUGAGAAAGCGUUCCGCGGGAUAGAUUAUUUCCUCAACAACGUCUGUCGUAAGCUUUUCGAUGAUCAUCAGGCCAGAGCAGAGAUGGAGUCCAACACUCGUCAACUGGAGACGCUAGCGCGCCAGAUGAGUCAUACCUAUAUAGAUGGCAAGAAUUUGGCGAGAUCUACUGCAACUAACAACAACUUAGGGCAAACCAGCAGUAGUACCUUCGGAGACAAUAGCUUCACUGUCACCAGAACUUCUAACCCUCAACAUUUUGUGCCCUAUGGGGAAGGCACUAGUGCAAGUGCUAACAGGAUCACAUCACAUAACCUUAUAAACCCUAAUUUAGUGGAAGCUGAACAUGCAAUUGAAUCCAUCUAUCCUUCUGGGGCAUUACUAGGAAACUUAGGUUUCUUGCAACCUCGAAAUAGCAACAUCGAUGUUUCGAUAUUUAGACCGUGCUUUAAUAAUGCAAUUUCUCCCUCCAACCGACAACCAAUUCCAAUUGAUCACUUGACAUUUGGGACCAACUUUUCUCCACAACAUUACAUGGCCAUCUUCAAUAGAAACUUGGACAUUCUAGCACAAGAGCUGCCGCGCGCGCGUUGCGACAUUCCACGGGAUGAGAGGACAUUAUUUCUAACUUUCUCUAAUGGCUACCCGUUUACUGAAGAUGAGCUAUACAACUUUUUCAUGAGGAAUUAUGGGGAUGUGGAGCUGGUCACUGUUGAGGAGCCAAACGAAGACAGACAUCCACUCUACGCUCAUGUCUCCUUCUACUCGCUGCAGACUGUCUUCCGGGUCCUGAACGGGAACACAAGAGUCAAAUUCUUCGAGAACGGAAAGCACUUGUGGGCCCGGCGUUACAUCCCGAGAAGAAGAUAA